AUGGCUCGCUGCCCAAGCGCCGCCUGGAACUGGAGGUCUCAGGGCCUGGCCUUCAGAGCUGCCCAGCUCCUCCGCCUCAGUGCCCUGCUCUCUGAACUGAUGAGCCAGACCGGAGUGGCCGCGUGGACCUAUCACAUCGGCACCAAGGCCUACCCCUGGGACGCCUCCCGGAGAUUCUGCCAGAAGUACUUCACCGACCUGGUGGCCAUCCAGAACAGAGAGGAGAUCGCGUACCUCAACGACGCCAUCCCGUACUACAGACACUACUACUGGAUCGGGAUCCGGAAGAUCAAUGGCAAAUGGACCUGGGUGGGGACCAACAAGACGCUCACCCCGGAGGCGGAGAACUGGGCCGAGCACGAGCCCAACAACAAGAAGAACAACCAGGACUGCGUGGAGAUCUACAUCAAGAGCCCGUCGGAGCCCGGCAAGUGGAAUGACGAGCCGUGCCUGCGGAGGAAGCUGCCGCUGUGCUACACAGCCUCCUGCCAGGACACGUCCUGCAGCCAGCAGGGGGAGUGCGUGGAGACCAUCGGGAACUACACCUGCUCCUGCCACCUCGGGUUCUACGGACCAGAAUGUGAAUACGUGAGGGCAUGCGGGGGCCUGGAGCUCCCUCCGCGUGUGCUCAUGGACUGCAGCCACCCUCUGGGCAGCUUCUCCUUCAGCUCCCGGUGCAGCUUCCACUGCGCCGAAGGCUACGCGCUGGACGGGCCCCGCGAGCUGGCGUGCUUGGCCUCGGGAACCUGGACGGAUCAGCCCCCGCGGUGUGUAGCCAUCGCGUGCGAGCCCCCGGAGCGCCCGGCCCACGGGAGCGUGGACUGCCCCCCGUCCUCCGGGGCACUGCCCUACAACGCCACCUGCCGCUUCCGCUGUGCCGAGGGCUUCGAGCUGCAGGGAGCGGACACCGUCUGGUGUGCCGACGCGGGGCGGUGGACGGCGCCGGCCCCGCUCUGUCAAGCACUGCGGUGCCAGGAUCUUCCGGCUCCAAACCAGGCCCGGGUGGAGUGCGUCCACCCCUUUGGCACCUCGGGGUUCCAGUCCACCUGCAGCUUCGCCUGUGCUGAAGGCUUCCUCCUGGUCGGGGCACAUGAGCUCCGGUGCCUGGCCACCGGGACCUGGAGCGCCGCGCCCCCCGAGUGCCGAGCCGUCACCUGCCCGCCUCUGCAGAGCCCGCAGAAUGGAACGGUGAGCUGUGCCCGCCCCCCGGGAGACGCCAGCCACCAGUCCACGUGCCAGUUCACCUGCGACGAGGGCUUCUCCUUGUCGGGACCGGAAAGGCUGGACUGCACCCCGUCUGGGCGCUGGACCGGCUCCCCGCCCACCUGCAGAGCCACCAGGUGUCCAGAACUGGUCGCCCCUGAGCGGGGGAGCCUGGCCUGCUCGGACCCUCAAGGAGAAUUCAGUGUCGGCUCCACCUGCCAGUUCUCCUGCCAGGAGGGCUCUGAGCUGCAGGGGCCCGGCAGGGUGCAGUGCACGGCGUCCGGGAGGUGGACGGCCCCUCCGCCAACCUGCCAAGGUGCAGCGCCGGCGCCCCCCGCAGCGGCACGCUGCCCCGCCCUCGUCGCCCCGGGGCAGGGAGCCAUGUCCUGCUCACACCCCCUGGCGGCCUUCGGGUUGAACAGCACCUGUCACUUUGAAUGCCACGCGGGGUUCGAGCUCCGGGGAGAGGCCGCUCUGCGGUGCGCACAGUCCGGACGGUGGACAGCGGCGCCCCCGGCUUGCAGAGCCGUGCAGUGCUCCGAGCUGCACCCGGACCCACCGCUGCUGAUGAACUGCUCCGGCCCCUGGGGCCACUUCAGCUACGGCACCACCUGCACCUUCGGCUGUCCGGAGGGCCAGGCGCUCAACGGCUCGGAGACAGCGGCCUGCGGCCCCGACGGCCAGUGGUCAGUGGCCACGCCCAGCUGCGAGGCGGGGCCGCUGACCGUGCCGGAGGCGCUGACAUACCUGGGCGGAGCCGUGGCCUCCACCACAGGCUUGGUGAUGGGCGGCACGCUCCUGGCUCUGCUCCGGAGGCGCUGCAGGCGAAAAGAUGAUGGGAAAGACCUUUUGAAUCCUCACAGCCACCUGGGGACAUACGGAGUUUUUACAAAUGCUGCAUUUGACCCGAGCCCUUGA